AUGAUAUGGCUGGAGCUCUUGGUGUGCCUCAUCUUUGCUGUCAUCUGCUUCCUGCAUUUACUUGGCUAUAUACCCCCGAGCUUUGCUUUUUAUUUCACAAUUCUUACGACAUGGGCCCUGCAAGUCCAGUUCCUCUUGCAGAUUAUCGUCAACCGAUGCUCCAUCCUCCUCACAGAUAAGAGGAAAGCAUACCGCCUCAAGGUAGGCGUCGCCGUCCUCAUCACGGCCGUCAACAUCUCAGUGUACAACAUCUGGAUCCCCGCCCGACUGCAGAUAUCCGAGCGAUACAUCUGGAUCAACGAGUGGUGGGAUCGAUGCGAAAAAGUCAUCUACCUACUCGUCGACGCAUCACUCAACCUCUACUUUAUCCACGUCGUCCGCGUCAACCUCAUCGUCCAUGGCCUCACAAAGUACAAGAGGUUGACGCACUUCAACAUGUUCAUCAUCGGCUUCUCCCUCAGCAUGGACGUCCUCAUCAUCACCAUGAUGAGUUUGAAAAACACCUUUGUUUACAUGCAGUUCCACCCACUAGCAUACACCGUUAAACUAAACAUCGAAAUGUCUAUGGCCGACCUCAUCGGAAAGAUCGCCCGAGACAAACACUGCGGUGUGAUAUCAGAAGGUACAUUUUCCAGUACUAUUAGCGACGGCCAGUACCACCUCGAGUCUCUGGAUCAGAGAUCGACUACCGAUAGCCAGAGGAGACUGUCGGGCCGAGACGAGUUUGGCUUUGUGUCCAAGCCAAGGAGGAUAUUUCAUUGCUGCACAAGGCGUACAGGCGAAUUUCACAGAGAGGUCCCAGAGGAGUUUCCGGAGCCAUGA